AGAACAGUUGUCCGGCAUAAUGUUCCUAAUAGCGAUAGCCAUAAUUUUGGCCACCAUUUUGGUGUUCAAGGGUGUGAGGAUAUUUAACUAUAUAGACCACAUGGCUGGCAUCAUGGAGAUGAUACCAGGACCCACGCCAUAUCCCUUCGUGGGAAAUCUUUUUCAGUUUGGCCUCAAGCCAGACGAAUACCCCAAAAAGGUCCUGCAGUACUGUCGAAAAUAUGAUUUUCAGGGUUUCCGUUCCCUUGUCUUCCUGCAAUACCACAUGAUGUUGAGUGAUCCGGCGGAAAUCCAGAACAUUUUGUCAAGUUCCUCGCUGCUGUACAAGGAGCAUUUGUACUCCUUUUUGAGGCCCUGGCUAGGGGAUGGCCUGCUCACCAGUUCCGGUGCCCGGUGGCUGAAGCACCAGAAGCUCUACCUCCCCGCCUUCGAGCGUCCCGCCAUCGAAGGAUAUCUACGUGUAGUCAAUCGCACGGGAGGUCAUUUUGUCCAGAAGCUCGAAGGACUGGCGUCCACGCAGGAAAUAUUCGAUGCCCAGGAGCUGGUUGCCAAGUGCACUCUGGAUAUUGUGUGCGAAAAUGCCACUGGCCAGACGAGUAGCUCGCUGAAUGAAGAGCCCUCGGAUUUGCAUGGCGCCAUCAAGGAUUUGUGUGAUGUGGUGCAGGAGCGCACCUUCAGCAUUGUGAAGCGGUUCGACACCCUAUUCCGACUCACCUCCUACUUCAUGAAACAGCGCCGGGCUCUGUCGCUCCUCCGAAGAGAACUGAAUCGAAUUAUUGCUCAGCGUCGUCACCAGCUCGUGGAAAAUACAAAUCAGAAAAAGGAGGCAAUUAAUAAGCCCUUCCUCGAUGUCCUACUCUCCGCCAAACUAGAUGGUCGAACCCUCAACGAACGCGAGAUCAUCGAGGAAAUGUCUACCUUUAUUUUUACCGGACACGAUCCCGUUGCCGCCGCUAUAUCCUUUACGCUGUACACUUUGUCGCGUCACUCGGAGAUUCAGCGCAAGGCUUUCGAGGAACAGAAGCGCAUCUUUGGAAGCAAUUUAUCGGCAGAGGCAGACUUGGUUUCUCUGGACCAGAUGUACUACCUUGAGUUGAUCAUUCGAGAAACACUUCGACUGUAUCCAUCUGUGCCGUUGAUCGCACGAACCAAUAGAAAACCCAUCGACAUCAAUGGCACCAAGGUGGCCAAGCGCACCACGGUGAUCAUGUGUCUUAUUGCCAUGGGUUACAACGAAAAGUAUUUCGAAGAUCCCUGCUCUUUUAAGCCAGAGAGAUUCGAGAAAGCCAAUGGAAACGUGGGCAUUGAGGCUUUCAAGAGUGUUCCAUUCAGUGCAGGUCCAAGGCGUUGCAUUGCUGAAAAGUUUGCCAUGUAUCAAAUGAAGGCUCUGCUGUCCCAGGUGCUGCGCCAAUAUGAAAUCUUACCAGCCGUAAAUGGGCUUCCCCCGGGAAUCAACGAUCAUUCCCGCGUGGAUUGCGUCCCACAGAGCGAAUACGAUCCAGUUUUAAACAUUCGCGUCACGCUAAAAUCGGAAAACGGCAUUCAGAUCAGGCUGAGAAAGCGAUCAAUUUAAUGCUGCAACUAUUAUAUAACUGAACUAUAUUAUAAAACAAAUUGUUGAAUGUUGUAUUCCAAUAAAAACUUAUCUUCUCCAUUUA